GCCCCAUGUCGUUGCCAAGAAACCGACGUCAACCUCUUCGGCCAGCUUCCUCUCUCUCUUUUUUCCCUGGCAUCCCGCUCCCCAUCCCCAUCCCCAUCCCCAUCCCCCCUUACACCUGACCGUUUGCUAUGCUCACCAGAGCAGAUACGAUUUUUCUCAAGUUGCUUUUCUCCGCCUUUCCCUACAACUUGUUGUCUUGACACCUCGUCGCCGUCACCUCAGAUCGCAACCUAGGUCAGCUUGGAUAGGCAAUGGCCGCCGUGCGCCGCCGUUCCCCAACCCAGUCUCUCGUAUCUGCUCUCCAACACCUCGAGCCUGCUUCUUUCCACGCCAAAGCUCCCAGAGCUGCCCACCAAGACACCGAACUGCUGCUAGAUGCCUUUAUGGGCUAUCUCUCUACCUUCUUCCACCAUCCUCCCACAGCUACGCGACCUACGAUGAGACGAGUAACGAUGCCCGGUCCGCGGGUCCUGCGCACAGCUGCCGGUAGACGCUACCUCCAUGCAUACGCACGACCCUCGAGAACCUCCUCCAGCUCGACAAUAAGCGCCGACGAGCUUUGCGACCGUUUCCGAACCCAUACCCUCACCGACCGAACCUCGAAGCGCAAGUUCCACAACUACUUUGUCACCCAUCUGCCGUCGUCCUCCUUACAUCCCGAUUCUCGGUUACAACAUCCCCACCAUAAGCUCCCGAGAUCGGCAUCGGUACCACACAAGCAGGAUCCCGGAGCUGCUCCGGCUGCUGUACCUCCCAACAUACCCAGUCGCGACCUCACCGUCGUCCGAAUUCCCCUACGAAGCGCAAAACACCAUUUUGGCACGGCCGUCUCGCGCGGUCAACGUAACUACAAUGAAGACACAAACCAGGCUGGUACAAUCAGCAUGCCGUCCUUUGCCAAACGAGCUCCCAUGAGCCUCGUUCGCAGCCAGUUGCGGUCUCUUAAUGAGAACGCCACGGCAAAUAGCGCGUUUGGAGACCCCCAGAUCUUCUACUUUGCCGUCUUUGACGGCCACGGCGGCUCCGAGUGUAGCGAGUUCCUAAGGGACGAGCUACAUGGCUACAUCGAACAGGCAGCAUUGGACUUUGGUCUGCAGAGUAGUUUGCAAAGACAAGGCACAAGUCUGGACAGCUUGAGUAACCCAACGGAAACGUUUGGAAAUGCGCCCAGGAGCAGUAGAGAUGCACUUAAUCGGAUCGACAUGAAGAGCGCCGAAGAAGUCCAGGAUCGGCUCAACGUACCGGAAACCAAAGGCAAUGCCGUCGUCGAAGAAGCUUCCCACGAGCCACCCCUUGAGGGAGACCAGCCCACACCAGCUGUAGCAGACGCAGCCAAGGCCGAAGAGCUUGAAAUAGACCUCUUGGACGAGUACCGCAACACAGUAGGAGGCUACUUUCGCCGCUUCAACUCUCGCUACUUUUCCGAACGAGCAGGCGGCCGACCCCGCCAGUCCGGUUCCAAUGCCGCCUCCUCCACGGACGAUAACAAGAACAAGCUCCAGCCGCAAAGUGACGAAACCCCUGCCACCACGCCCGUGACCGUCGAAACCGUCCUCACCUACGCCUUCCUCCGCGCCGACCUCGACUUCAUCACCGCCCAAGCCCGCAAGCCCGACCCCGACGACCUCCAAGUUGCCGACAACCCCGUCAACAAGGACGAAGUUCUCGGUCAACCGCACCUCCCGCCUUCCGGGCACCGCAUCGGCGGCCCCGCGCGCUUUAAGGGCGGCUCCACGGCCUCGAUCGCCCUGAUUGCCACUCCCACUCCGGCACCCUUCUGGCACCCGGCGGCACACAGCACCUUGCUCGUCGCUCAUGUCGGCGACACCCGCGUAUUGCUCUGCGAAACCGCCACCGGCCUCCCUCGACCCUUGACGCACGACCACCACCCCUCCAGCCCCGUCGAGACCCGCCGAUUGAUGCGCUACGCCGAGUCGCUGAUCACCGACUCCUUUGGCGAGGAACGCAUCGGCGGCCUGGCCAACAGCCGCUCAUUCGGCGACAUGCAGUCCAAACGCAUCGGCGUGUCUGCAGAGCCCGAGAUUAUACGGGUCAAUAUGGAACCGGCCGAGUACUCGUUUCUGGUGCUGAUGAGCGACGGCGUGAGCGGCACCCUCAGUGACCAGGAGGUGGUGGAUGUGAUUAAAGAAGCCAGGACCCCCGAGGAGGGCGCCAAGAAUGUCAUUGAGUAUGCGACUGAGGUGUCGGCCGAUGGCGAUAAUGCUACGUGUCUGGUGGUGAGACUGGGCGGGUGGGAGAGAAGGAUGGAAGGCGGGUUGGGAAGCUUGGGGACCAAGGAGAUUAGGGAUGCAAGGAGGGCGGAGGCGUUGGAUCCCAGGAGGGGGAGGCGGUGAUUUUGUUUUAUUCUUUCUGAUAUGGUUUGGCGAUAGAACGUACUGUAGACAGCGCUGUUCGGUUUUCGUUUCUUGUGACUUAUGUUCAAGUACAUAAUGAUGGUUUUAUUUUGAGUGUUUGUUUGGGACGCAUAGCAUCAGCAUGCGGUGGGGUGGGUGUUGGGAGAGGGGCUGAAGCAUCGAAUAUCACAUCGAUCCCAUUUAUAUGAUCGUUGAAAUCGGUAAAGUGUAACGUUUGGGGGAGAGAGAGAAAGUAGAAAAUCCUGAUCGCGUUGCUGCGAGGCAUAGUACCUGGAGAGAGACUUACACGUCUACUUAACAUGCAAUAUAGAGCAUCUAUACCCCUCGG